CAACUCUAUAUAAAACCUCGUUUGCUGCAUAAUUAUCUCCCUCAAAGAAUCCACAACAGCAACAGCUGCUAAGACCAACAACAGUUUGAUCAGAAAAAUGGCCUACCCUUCUUCUCAAAAUUCUCAACCUGCUCUACCUCUGCACCUAUGUUUCUUCUUGUUUACCUUGUUCAUGUUCCUCGGUUUCUCAUGGUACUCAAGCUACGAGCCAAUAAUGGAGAGCUUCAUGGACCAAGUGAAGUUGGUGCUGAUGGUUUCUCCACUGCUGCUUCUGCUAGUCGUGCACUUCAUUUCCAACUAUGGAGGAGGUGGAGGGGUCUUGUCUUCACUGGUUCCUUUGCCAGAGAGAGAGUCACUGCACAGAGCAGGUGGAACUCCCUGGGGUGUUGGCUUCCUUCUUGUUCUUCUUCUCUUCAUGGUUUCUUACCAGUCUUCUUUCCAAGAACGCUGGUUUCCUCUCCUCACCAGGUGAAAACAGUCAGCUUCUUUGCUGCAUCUUCAUCAUCAUCAUCACAUAUGGACUUUCUCUGUAAUUACUGUAAUUUAGUUUCUUCUUAGUGUUUUUAAUGAAACGAGAGAUUUCACCUUUUUUGUAUUCAUUUUCUGUUUCUGUUUAAAAGGGUCAUCUGUUCUUGCAGGGAAGCUGUUUAUCAGUUUCAGUUUUUAGAAAUAGAUACUUUCUGUAUAAUUAAUCACUGAUUUGAGUACCCUCUUAAAUA